AAAAAAUAUAACAGAGAAGCUAGAAACCGAGUAGACAGUCCCAAAGAGAGCAAAACCAGAAAGGAAAGGUUCAACAAUGGAAGAACAAACCCUAGAUGACAAGUCGAAAGAAAAAUCAGAGUUCAAGGUUGAAGAGAGCAUCAAAGGGGACGACCUCAUGUCGGAAGCGAGUCCUCAAAGUACAAAAUCAAAAGAGGCCUCCCCUGCAGUGUCUUCGGACUCGGAUGACAUGCUCUCCGACUCCGAUGAGGAUGAGGACGAGGAAGAGGGGCAACAAAAGCUUCAGCUUCAAACCUUAGAGGCCGAGCUAUCAAGCAAUCCCUCCAACUACGAUACUCACGUUCAAUACAUAAAGCUUUUGAGGAAGAUGGCAGAGCUGGAGAAGCUAAGGCAGGCAAGGGAAGCAAUGAGUGCACUGUUUCCAUUGACCCCAGAAAUGUGGCAGGAAUGGGCUAAAGAUGAGGCUUCACUUUCCAUCGGACAUGAUGCAGUUCCAGUGAUUGAGAAGCUUUUUGACCGAGGGGUGCUUGAUUACUUGUCUGUUCCUCUCUGGUGUGACUACAUCCAAUUUAUUAAAGAAUAUGAUCCCUCUGUGCGUGAACGUACACCAGAUGGUAUUUCGAAGGCAAGAAAUCUAUUUGAGCGUGCUAUUAAUGCUGCUGGUUUGCAUGUUGCUGAAGGAAGUAAGAUAUGGGAAGCAUAUAGGGAAUAUGAACAAGCUAUACUUCAUACCAUUGAUGGGUCUGAUUCUGAGGUGAAAGAAAAGCAGGUCCAGCGCAUUCAAAAUAUUUUCCACCGGCAAUUGUCUGUUCCCCUUUCCGACUUGACCUCAACUCUUCUAGCCUAUAAGUCUUGGGAGACAGAACAAGGGAAUAUACUUGAUGUUGGAUCCAACAAUGUGGAUGGGAUCUCUUCUAAAUUAGCUUUGUCUUACCAGAAGGCCCUGGAGAUGUAUAAUGCUCGUGCUUAUUUUGAAGAACAGAUUACUGCACAUGAUACCGCUGACUUGGGAAAAUUUCAGCACUUCAUGACGUACAUAAAAUUUGAGCAGUCUUUUGGAGAUCCAUCCAGGGUGCAAGUUCUUUAUGAACGUGCAAUUUCCAGUUUUCCUGUGUCAAGUGAUCUGUGGCUUGAUUAUACUCGUUAUCUGGAUGGAACGUUGAAGGUCGGCAAAGUUUUGAGAGAUGUUUAUUCCAGGGCCUCAAGAAAUUGUCCAUGGGUUGGAGAGCUUUGGAUACGGUAUUUACUUUCCAUGGAAAGAGGCCGUGCUUCAGAGGAGGAGAUUGCUGCUGUUUUUGAGAAAUCGCUACAAUGUACCUUUUCAACCCUUGAUGAGUACCUAGAUUUGUUUUUUACACGAAUAGAUGGCUUGCGGAGAAGAAUUUCAUUUGCUGAUGAAGCAGACAGUCUCUUGGAUUUUUCAGUAAUAAGAGAAACCUUCCAGCGUGCAUCUGAUUACUUCUCACCACACCUGAAGAACACGGAUGGCUUUUUGCGAUUGCAUGCUUAUUGGGCUCGUUUAGAGCUAAAAUUGAGAAAAGAUCUAACUGCAGCUCGUGGAAUUUGGGAGAGCUUCCUUAAGAUAUGUGGUUUUAUGCUGGAAGGCUGGCUAGGUUAUAUUGCUAUGGAAAUAGAAUUGGGUCACAUAAAUGAAGCUCGAUCCAUUUAUAAAAGAUGCUACAGUAAACGAUUUCCUGGAACAGGCUCCGAGGACAUUUGGCAUUCAUGGUUGCGCUUUGAGAGGGAAUUUGGGACACUGGAAGAUUUGGAUCAUGCUGCACAAAAGGUUAUGCCACGUCUGGAAGAACUGCGGCUUGUUAGGCUACAGCAGGAAUCCAAAAUGAUGGCUGGAUCAACUGAUCAGGGAGAGAAUCAUGUGAAGAAAAGUGCCCGUGAAAAGAGGAAACCAGCUUCUAAUGUUGCUAAUGAACAGUCCCCAGCAAAGCGCCAAAAACAUACGACUCAAGCCCAAGAAAAGAUGCUUGAAAAAGAUAAAGGUGAAGUGCAAAAGUCAGUUGAGGAAUCAAAAGUGGAAGACGUCAAUGGUGUGGAUGCGAAGGUGGGUGAUAGCCCUAAGCGACCAAUUGAAAACUCUGAACCUCAAAGAAGAAAAGUGUAUACGGACCAAUGUACUGCAUUUAUAUCAAAUAUUAGCCUUCAGGCGAAUGAAGAGCAUAUACGUCAAUUUUUCAGUGAUGUAGGUGGGGUUGUCUCUAUAAGGAUACUCCGUGAUAAAUUGACAAGAAAAUCAAGGGGACUGGCAUACGUGGACUUCUCCGAUGAUGAACACCUUGCUGCUGCAGUAGCAAGGAACAAGCAAACGCUACUUGGGAAGAAGCUGAGCAUAGCACGUUCAAAUCCAAAUCAGAAGAGAAAGCAAUCUGUUGGCCAUAAUGCCCCGAAGGAACAGGCUCGCAUUACCAAGCCCAAUGUUCCUGAUGGGGGAUCUGCAUCUAAAGAAUCUGUGACUAAUAAGCAGGAUAGCAACAUCCAGCGCAAGGAAAACAAACUAUUUGUGCCAAGAAACGUUAGGCCACUUGGUUGGACAUCAAAAAACCCCAGAAGUGAGGAAGAGAGUGAUGAGAAGCCAAAAUCAAAUGAUGAGUUCCGGAAGAUUUUGUUUAAGAAGUGAGGCUUCAUUAAUGUUUUGCUUCUUUGAAGUUGUCAUCGGAAUGGGCAAUGGAGUGAUGAUAGUACCUGACUUCCAGUUUUCCUGGUUAACACCAAUAACUAGCGAAUUCCCUCUGAGGUGGUAUGGAGACAAGUUAUUUUUUUGCAAUUUAUUACCUGUUUGCACAGUCUGGAAAAAUAUACUUGAUCAGUUAGAUCGUUAUUGUGUUCAUGUUUGUACUAGUGAAUUUUAAAAAUUGUUAUGAAUCUGUGAAUUUAUUGUUUGCUUAAUCA